AUGGAAGAUGAUAUGUGGGCAGUUUCUUCUUCUGGUUCUUCGAGGAGCCAUCGAUCAGGAACAGCUGCUAAGUAUCAAUUUGGUUGUUCUUAUCUAGAUAAUGGAGAAGAUUUUGACGAAGAUGAUGAUGUAGCAGUGGAUUACCCAUGUCCGUUUUGCUCCGAUGAUUAUGAUUUAGUUGAAUUGUGUCACCAUAUUGACGAAGAACAUCAACUUGAAGCUAACCAUGGGAUAUGUCCGGUUUGUAGCAAAAGGGUGAAGAUGCAUAUGGUGGAUCAUAUAACCACACAUCAUAGAGAUAAACUUUACAGUGAGCAGAAGCAAACAUCAUACAUGGAAGAUUCAUAUUCAUCGGAUAAAUAUCUUCAUCUUGAUGACUUGCCGCCAUCUAUGAAUCAUCAUCAUACCUCUAAAACCGUUGUUUCCGAUCAAUUUCUAUCGUUCAUCAACAAUUCUCCACUGCCGAAUCAGACCAAACAUCUGCAGCCUGAUUCAAGUUUAGAAAGCAUGAAUCCGAUCAAGGAUUCUUCGACUGAAAAAGACGGGAAAUCUUCUCCUCCUUUAUCAGAUACUGAACAAUUGGAGAAGGCAAAGAAGUGUGAGUUUGUACAGGGACUGUUGUCAUCAGCCAUGUUUGAUGAUGGAUGUGACUUCUUCUGA